AGGCGUUUCGCCGCCGGAAGAGCCUCUCCGGGGUUCGAAACGCGCGCCAGUCGUCGCCGGCCGACCCACGUGGUACGUGCGGCCGUAUCGACCACCGGUGCGACCGGCGCGUCGAUUGGCACACGGCCGGGACACGUGACCACAGCGCGCAGCAACGUCAGUCUGGACUGCACCGUCUGCUAGCUGGUACGGUGUGUCACGCAGGCCGCGGCACUUGUCAACGUACGCUCGACGAGGGAACAAAGGAUCCGGCGGGGAGAGAAAGAGAGAGAGAGAGAGUCCUGCGGCUGGUCGCGCGCGCGCCUGCGAGCUACGGAGAGAGCGAGUCUCGCACCCUCCGUUCGUCGGUGCGCCUCGUUCCCGGUUCGCGUCGAGAUCGCCGAUCCUAGAGCCUCGCGGCCGACGGGGAUUCGCGGCGUCACGGUACCGAGGACAACCGCGUCCGUGGUGCCGCCGCUCAGGCCUGACAGCUCGUCGUCGCGGGAUUCCGUCGGUGCUCGUCGGGCUCGAGGUAAUCGAACGGAGAGCCGUCGACGCUACGCCGAGCGCGGAAUAGUCUAGUGUCUCUGUCUUUCUUCGUCUCUCUGUGUGUGUCUCUCUCUCUCUCUUGCGCGCGGAGACCUUCGGACCUGAAGACAGCCGCGAAUUUCGAACGGCACGCACGUUCCGCGCGGAUCCGCGUCUCCUCCUCCCCCGCUCCUUGCCAUCGGUCGAGUCCCGCGGCCUGUGGUGCGCGGGCUUAGGACAUGUACAGCAUGAACUAUAUCGCCAAGAUCAUCAGCAACUUCCGCCUCUUCUACAACGAGAUCAACGCCGCGACCCUCACCGGCGCGAUCGACGUCAUCGUCGUCGAGCAGCCGGACGGCUCCUUCACGUGCUCGCCCUUUCACGUACGCUUCGGCAAGCUCGGCGUGCUGCGCUCCCGGGCGAAAGUGGUGGACAUUGAGAUAAAUGGAGAGCCCAGGGAGAUUCACAUGAAACUCGGCGACUCCGGCGAGGCGUUCUUCGUCGAGGAAGUGAGCUCGAAUGGAUCGCCGACGGACACCGAGAUUCCGCCGCAUCUGGCCUGCUCGCCGAUACCCGACAACUGCUUCCCGCCGUCGAAAUUCAAUCUGCUGUCGGAGCUGCCGCAGGAGCAGCGGGAGAAGAUCCUGAUAGACUCGGUUCUCUCCACGGAGCGAGAGAAAUGGGAGCAGAUGUCCGCCCUGCCGCCCGAUCAACGGGAGAAAUUUCUGAUCGAGCAGUUCUCGGAUCUUCCCGCGGAGCAUCGCGAGAAGUGGCUCCAGAUCGCCUCGUUGACCGCGGAGGGCCGGGACGAGAUGUUCAAGGAGAGUUUCGGCACCAUAUCGCCGGAGCAGAAGCAGCAGAUGAUCAGGGAACAGUACUCCGCCUUGAAGACGGAGGACAAGGAGAGGUUGUUCAAAGAGAAUUUUCCGGAGCUGUCGGUCGAGCAGAGGCAAAACUUCGAGAGAGCCCUGCUGAGCGACUGGAAGGAGAAGGAGGAGGAGAAGUGGGAGGAGAAACGCGACAAGAACGAGGACGAGGAGAUAUUCGAUAUGGACGCUAUCAGCGACGAGCAGCCCAAGUCAGCGAUUCCAAAGUCCUUCGUAGCCGUCACCUCGUCCGAGAGAAUUCGCAAGAUCAGCGUGGUGAAGAAUGAUUUUAGGCCAAUUACGGACGACCCGCAGAGCAGCAGUAAGGAAAAGUCUAGCGACGAGUGCAACCCGCUCGAGUCCUCGGGCAAGAAGAAUUCCAAGGAAGAGAACGUCGACGAGGGCAAGAGUAACAAUUCGACCAAGAGGAAACGCAAGAGGAAGAGUAUUAUGAAGAAGAAGGGCUCGCAGAGGAAAACUAGCAACGGCAGUAGCAGCCAGACGGAAUUGAGCGAGACCGAUGCGGUUUUUACCGAGGAGUCAAUUAGCGAAACGGGCCUCACUCCAUUGACGGACGAUGAGAAGAAUGCUGUCGCGGAAUCGACGACGUCCUCCCAAGACGCGAUUGAGAAACGACCCGAGACCGAUUUUCACUUCUUCAGUGACUCAGAAGUUACCAAAAACAAGGACUCCAGACCAAGUUCACCUGUUCAGUCAGACACGGAAUUUGAAGUGCGUAAAAUUACCCAAGAGGGUAGCGAGAGGGAGGACGACAAGGCUCACCAGCAGAGUUGGAGAUGGGGCGAGCUGCCCAGUCCUCCUCCUGAGCCGGCGCAUAUGUCGCAUAGGAAUUCAUUGAGCUCUUUGGCAGCAACUAACCAACCGAACAACAAAGAUGCACAACGAUCUAUGCUCAGUGGCAUGUUCUCCUUUAUGAAGAAGACUUCUCGCGUAAGACACAAUCCGGAAUCGGAGGGAAUUUAUCUUAGCGAUCUUAACGCCGACGAACUGGACCCCGAGGUUGCGGCUUUGUACUUUCCCUCCUCGCACCGAGGCCCGACGAUGGUUAAAGAUAGAAAAACGGCGGAUGAAGAGGAUACAGAGUCGGGUAACGGGCCGAGCCUACCUCAGAGUCCCAACAGUGUCGAGGGAGCCAUCGGUGGACCAAAGUCUCUGGACAGCGAUUUCGAGGAACCGAAGCAUCCUAUUUUCGAUAAUAACGUAGAAAUAAGUAUAUCUCUGUGCGGCGGUUUGGACAGCGAAAGUGGACCGUCCAAGGAGGCUUUCAACGAAAACUUGUUGCACUUCGAGGACGUCUGUACCGAUCCGAAGCUGUACGAGAACCCGAAUCUGAUUGUGAAAAUUAACGGGAAAUUCUACAAUUGGACUACAGCCUGUCCGAUAGUGUUGACCUACGUCGUUUUCCAAAGACACUUGCCGCAGAGCGCAAUCGAAAAUCUGUACAUGUCGUUGCCGGUACACGAGGAUAAGAAGCGAGAGAGUAGCGGCAAGCCCGAGAGUCGUAGCGGAUACAGCUCGUGGUUUUCUUGGAGACGUUCUACGCAACCUCCCAAGAAACCAGAGGACGCUAGUCAAAAUGACGAAAUUACUGUGCAGACAUCUGAGCAGUCGUUGGAAGCUAAGACUGUGACAAACGAUGAAUUACCCUCUGCAAACAGGGAAGUAAAGACUGAGCAAAACACAGACUCGUCAAGCUCCGAGGUAAUGGAAACUUGUACAAGAUUGACAUCGACACCGAACGAAACUACACUCACAAAGACUGAGAAAGCGCGCGAGGGAGAGGGCGAAGGAUACAGCGGCGGUGAGGACUCGGACAGUAAUCACAACGAGCCAGCGGGUAUUAAGAUACCUGUGGAAAGAAGACCGUAUUACGAGUCCACGGAAAAGUAUCGUAAAACCUUGCGACUGUCGUCCGAACAGAUAGCGAGUCUCGAUCUGAAGGACGGCGCUAACGAAGUGGUCUUUAGCGUAACCACUGCUUACCAGGGUACGAAACGCUGCAAAUGCCAUAUCUACAAGUGGAAGUGGGAUGACAAGAUUGUCAUCUCUGACAUCGACGGCACCAUUACGAAAUCCGAUGUCCUGGGUCACAUCCUACCGAUAGUGGGCAAGGACUGGGCUCAAUCCGGGGUUGCUCAAUUAUUUACCAAGAUCAAGAAUAACGGCUACAAGCUACUGUACCUCUCGGCGAGAGCAAUCGGCCAGGCUGGAGGAACACGGGAGUAUCUGAGAAACUUGAGGCAGGGGGACCUAACGCUGCCAGAGGGCCCCUUACUUUUGAAUCCUACAAGCUUGAUCUUGGCGUUUCAUCGUGAGGUGAUAGAGAAGAAGCCGGAAGAGUUUAAGAUAUCCUGUCUGAAAGAUAUUCAGGCGCUAUUCCCUGAAGGCUCCGCGCCGUUUUACGCCGGAUAUGGAAAUCGCAUAAAUGACGUGUGGGCGUAUCGAGCAGUAGGCAUUCCUAUAAUGCGGAUCUUCACCAUAAACUACCGGGGAGAAUUGAAGCACGAAUUGACGCAGACAUUCCAAUCUUCGUAUUCGAACAUGAGCUUCAUCGUCGAUCAUGUAUUCCCGGCGUGGCGAGAGGAAGCAACCGAUGAAUUCAGCAAUUUUGCAUACUGGCGAGAUCCGAUACCUGAAGUACCGAAACUCGAGGAGCUCUACACUCAGGCUCAAACUACCUAAGGAACUUUCCUUCGUUGUACAACCGUCGUUUCCUUGGACUACGAUUAUCACAUUUAAUUAACUUUUGUACUCCGUGCGUUGAUCGUAGUGACUUUGGCAGGUGUGAUUGUCUAAUACGUCAGGAAAGUCACGCUAAUGUGAGCGAUUUAAUCCUUCGUAUAUUGGAUUUGCUCUUUAGAUAUUAAGUAAUUAUUUAUAACAAUGAUUAGAUAUAUUUAUAUGUAUUUACAUGUAUCAUUUUAAAUAUACAUGUAUUUAUUUAUAUGAGAAUAACUUUUGUUACAAGUAUGUGACUUUUCUUCGGAGACUAAAUUUUAUCGAGAUGCGCGGUAAAACAUUCCAGAUUUGUUAUAUUUAAAUAGUGAAGAAUCUUUGCGUUAAAUAGUACCAGAUACAUUCUGUAGUCGGGUUUACUCACACCUGUCAAGGUACACGGCGUGCCUAGAAACUAGAUACACUAUAGCUGCGUGCUUUACGGUGUAAUUAACAGCCAGCCUUGUGUCGCGCACUAUAUUUCAGAAGUCUGCAAGCUGUUCCAAAUGGCAUACUUUUGUCAGAGUCUGUGUCGAAUGCUCUCUGGAAAUCGGGAGGGGAGUUUCUUAAUCUUUGUCGCCUAGCGCGAAUCGUCUAUAUUUGUGGCUCCUGCUAGAGAACCUCGCUUGUUGCUGCACACGUGCAACUUUUAUACGAGCAUAUAAUUGUCCGCGUACAUGUCGUCAGUUUUCUACAUUGAAACGCGCUGGAAUUUCGCUUAGUAAUCGAUAGUAAUAUAUUCAUCUAGGAUGUAAGAGAUGCAUUAGUAGGAUAGCGUUUCACUACUUACGUUCCCUAUUUUCAGAUAGUUAUAAUUUCAGAGAGCUAUAAUUUAUUUUUGUAUAAGAUCUCGAUUAAGUUAGCGUGCUGUGAAAUUGCCAUAUUCUUGAAAUGAUUUACAUUGUGAUAUUCUGAUCAAACUAGGGAUUAUCAAAUAGUUAACGUGUACAGGCAUGAAUUUCUUUUCGACACUUGCGUUAAGGUAAUCGUACAAGGUACGAAUCUACUCUGUAUUCCGUAAUCCGUACGCGACCUAACUUUUAUUUGCUAAAUCAUAGUUUUCCUUUAAUCAAAUACAUUCUACUAGCUCUUGGUCUUUCGUAUGUUACCUAAAAUAUUUUUGACAUAUAAAUUAAGCUAUCGUUGUUGUUUUAUCGUUCGGUUAGAAUGUGUAAAAAUAACGUUGACGGAUUCACACUUCUCGUCCUUGUCAAGUCAUGCGAUCGAGGCAACAACUGUAUCCAACCAAAGAGGGUAGAGUUACAUUCGCAAUAGCGCUCAUAUCUUUUAUUAUAUUAUGAUAAUGCACUCGCUAUAGGACAACGAGAAACAGGAAAAUUGCAGAACAAUGUACAAAUAAUUUUGAAAGCAUCUCGAUUUAGACAAAUGUAACGGCACCGAAUGACAAAGGAAUUUAUGACAAAACGAUGUAUAUAUUUUUUGUAUUGUUGAUUUAGAACAAACUUUAAAUUAAUUGUUAUUUUAACUAUUAUAUGAUACGAUAUAAUGUUACACUGUAAAUUUACAAUUGUUUAGUAUUUAAUUUAUAGUAUUUAUCUAUUUUUAAAAGCACACGUUAUCAUUGGUACAAAUAUAUUUAGACAGUCUUGUUUAUAAUUUCCUUUACUCUGUAUUUUUUACAAUUUGUUUAUAUGUUCUAGUACCAUGGCAUAAUCAUUGUUCAUAAUGAAAAGGAUUUUCCAUUUUUUUAUAUGUGAAUCUAGGAUUGAACGAAUUGGAGAUAAAAAGAUAAUAGUAAUGAAUACAUUGAUGUAAUCGUAAUUAUUAGGCACGAUAUCUUUCUACUGUGAAUAAUCUAAUUUUUUUUAUAAGUGGAGGCAAUUCACACAGUAGAGUUGUGGGAUAGGAUUAAAAAUUUAUGUUGUAUCAAAUGACAUAUGUUUACAAAGUUUCCCGUGUCAGUAAUAGUGUCACAUUACCCGUAAGAUGAUCUCAUCGUGAUGCAACCUGUUUUAUUGAAUUUAGUUUACUUAAUUCUCAUCUGUUAGCAGUAUUAGCACACCCCUAAACUUCUCUAUAUAAUAAAUGUAUGACCUGUACCCUUUGGAAUCGCAAAAUAAUAAAAAUUAUGACACCGGCUUUUUCGUCACAAAUGCUUUGUAAAAAUCAAUUUAUUGCUUUAUCACAUUAUGAGUAAAACUACGUUAUAAGAAUUCUGUUAAUCAUGUAACGUGAUAUCGCGUAACUAUCAAGACAUUUUAUGUUUGUGU